CCGCGCUCCGUGUGAACGUAUGGGGAACUUACAAGCGAGACACAACCUCCCAACUUCAACUUCAACUCCAUCUCCCUCGUCAAAAAUGGCUUCAUCAAUUCUGCGUAUGAGAUCACUAGGGGCCGCGCGCCAGGUGCGCUGCUUCAGCUCCUCUCCUCGCCAGCAUGCUGCCGCUGAAGUCAAGAGACUUGGCGUCAUUGGCGCUGGGCAAAUGGGACUGGGAAUCGCCCUCGUUGCGGCGCAGAGGGCCCAGGUACCAAUCACCCUGAUUGAUACCUCUGAGAAGAGUUUGGAAAAGGGCCUGGCUUUUGCCGAUAAGCUCCUCGCCAAGGAUGUGUCCAAGUCCAGGCUCACUCAGGAGCAAGCCGACCAGGCUCGUUCACUUCUAACUCCUAGCACCAACAUGGAGGACCUCUCUUCCGUUGACUUUGUCAUCGAGGCGGUUCCCGAGAUCCCCGACCUCAAGUUCGACAUCUUCAGCAAGCUCGCCCAGAUCUGCCCCAAGCAUGCUAUCCUGGCCACCAACACCUCUUCCAUCUCCAUCACUCGCAUCGCUGCCGCCACCACCUCUGAUCCCAAGGACACUUCUGCCUCGUCCCGUGUCGUCUCUACUCACUUCAUGAACCCCGUCCCUAUCCAGAAGGGUGUUGAGAUCAUCAGUGGCUUGCAGACCAGCCAGGACACUCUCGACACUGCUAUCGAGUUCUGCAAGAAGAUGGGCAAGAUUGCCUCCGUAUCUGCAGACUCGCCGGGCUUCUUGGCUAAUCGCAUUCUGAUGCCCUAUAUCAACGAGGCCAUCAUCUGUCUUGAGACCGGCGUCGGUGACCGUGACUCUAUCGACUCCAUCAUGAAGAACGGCACCAACGUUCCCAUGGGUCCGCUACAGCUCGCUGACUUCAUUGGUUUGGACACGUGCCUGGCAAUUAUGAGGGUUUUGUAUGAGGAGACGGCGGAUUCCAAGUACAGGCCGAGUGUCUUGUUGAAGAAGAUGGUGGAUGCUGGCUGGAUGGGCAAGAAGAGCGGCAAGGGUUUCUACGAGUAUUGAAGAUUUUACGACAUACAUCUAGGCCACAACAUUCACGGGUUGAUGUUUAAAAAUUGGACACCAGAAAGGUGCUCUUUCUUGCUUCUACAAUAAAGGGGUUGGGUUUCAUGAACUUACUCCGUUGAACUCACUUGUAAAACGCGGGGCUUCCAGGGCCACGGGAUGUUUAUUCAUAUAAGAGACUUGAAGAUCGA